GAAGAGGCGUGUCCUGCGCGGCGGCGCAUGCGCAGCGGCGGCGUCUCCCGGAAGCGGCGUCCCGGCGGUGUCGCUGUCGCCGCUGUCGCGAUGUCGGGGCGCGGGAAGCUGAUCGCGGUGCUGGGGGACGAGGACACGGUGACCGGGUUCCUGCUCGGGGGCGUGGGGGAGCUGGACAAGCACCGCAAGCCCAACUUCCUGGUGGUGGAGAAGGAAACCAGCCUGGCCGAGAUCGAGGAGACCUUCCGGAGUUUCGUGUCGCGCGAGGACAUCGGGAUCAUCCUGAUCAGCCAAUCGCUGGCCGAGCUGAUCCGGCACGCGGUGGAGGCGCACACGCGCCCCCUGCCCGCCGUGCUGGAGAUCCCGUCCAAGGAGCACCCGUACGACCCGGCCAAGGACUCGGUGCUGCGCCGGGCGCGGGGGCUCUUCAGCCCCGACGAGCUGCGCUAGGACCCCGCACCGGGACAGCCCGGGGUCCCCACCCCACCCUGGAAGAGCCCACGGGGGUCCCCAUCCCACCCUGGAAGAGCCCACGGGGGUCCCCAUCCCACCCAGGAACAGCCCACCAGGGUCCCCAUCCCACCCUGGAACAGCCCACGGGGGUCCCCAUCCCACCCUGGAACACCCCACCGGGGUCGCCAUCCCACCCAGGAACAACCCACCGGGGUUCCCAUCCCACCCAGGAACAGCCCACAGGGGUCGCCAUCCCACCCUGGAACAGCCCACAGGGGUCCCCAUCCCACCCUGGAACAAGCCACCGGGGUCCCCAUCCCACCGUGGGGGUCCCCAUCCCACCCCAGAACCCCACCUUGAGGGUCCCCAUCCCACCCAGGAACACUGCAUAGGGAUCCUGCUCCCACCCAGUGACAACCCCUGGGGGUCCUUGUCCCACCCAGUGACAAUCCGUGGGGGUCCUUGUCCCACCCCGGGGGUCCCCACCACACCCAGGAACAACCCACCGGGGUCCCUGUCCCACCCAGGAACAACCCACGGGGGUCACCCUCCCACCCUGGAACACCACAUAGGGAUCCUGGUCCCACCCAGUGACAACCCCUGGGGGUCCUUGUCCCACCCCAGGGGUCCCCAUCCCACCCCAGAACCCCACCUUGGGGGUCCCCAUCCCACCCAAGGAACACCCCACAGGGGUCACCAUCCCACCCCAGGCAUCCUCAUCCAAACCUAGAACCUCUCCUGGGGGUCCCCAUCCCACCCAAGAACACCCUAUAGGGGUCCCUGUCCCACCCCAGAACCACCCCCAGGGGGUCUCCACCCCACCACAGGGGUCCCCAUCCCACCCAGGAACACCCCACGGGGGCCCUUGUCCCACUCCAGGGGUCCUUGUCCCAACCUGGAACCUCCCCUGGGGGUCCCUUUCUCACCUCAGAACCCCCACAGGGGUCCCCACCCCAGUCCAGGGGUCCCCACCCCAUCCUGGGGGUCCCCCAGGGUCCCCGUCCCACCCCUGGGUGCUGGGGGGUCAGUGGGUGCUGGGUGUCCCAUGGGUGCCCUGUGACAUUGUCCCCAUGACACUGUCUCAGUGUCCGCAUGACAAGGAAGUGUCACCAUCCAGCUCCUGCCAGUUUCUGCCUGUCCUGGACGGGGGGGUGACAGGGAGGGGACACCCCAAGGACACCAGGAACUUGUGUUGUCACUGUGACCGUGACUGUGACACCCUGGGGUGGGGGUUGGAGUGGUGUUUAUUGUGUUCCCAAAGUGGUGUGUGUCACCAACACGUGCUGUCACCGCU